AUGAUGAGCAACCAAUCUGUCAUCUCACAGUUCUUCCUCCUGGGCCUGCCCAUUCCACCAGAGCACCAGCACCUUUUCUAUAUCCUGUUCCUGGCCAUGUACCUCACCACUGUCCUGGGGAACCUCAUCAUCAUCAUCCUUAUUCUACUGGAUCCCCAUCUCCACACACCCAUGUACUUGUUUCUCAGCAACUUGUCCUUCUCUGACCUCUGUUUCUCCUCUGUCACAAUGCCCAAAUUGCUGCAGAACAUGCAGAACCAGGAACCAUCCAUCACCUAUGUGGGUUGUCUGACACAAAUGUACUUUUUCCUGGUUUUUGGAGACAUGGAGAGCUUCCUUCUUGUGCUCAUGGCCUAUGACCGCUAUGUGGCCAUCUGCUUCCCUCUUCAUUACACCAGCAUCAUGAGCCCCAAACUCUGUGUGUUUCUGAUUGUGUUCUGCUGGAUACUUACAAUGAUGUAUUCCAUAUUGCAUACCCUACUGCUAUCUAGAUUGUCAUUCUGUGAAAACAAUGUGAUCUCCCAAUUUUUCUGUGACAUAACUGCUCUGCUCAAGUUAGCCUGCUCUGACAUUUAUAUUAACGAAUUAAUAAUAUUUGUCAUUGGAGGGCUUUUUAGUGUCAUUCCAUUCUUGCUCAUCAUUAUGUCCUAUGUACAAAUUGUCUCCUCCAUCCUGAGAGUUUCAUCUACUCGAGUUAUCCACAAGGUCUUCUCCACCUGUGGCUCCCACCUGUCUGUGGUUUCACUGUUUUAUGGGCCAGCUAUUGGUGUCUACUUAUGUCCAUCAACUAAUACCUCCACUGUAAAUGAGACAGCCAUGGCCAUGAUGUACACUGUGGUGACUCCCAUGCUGAACCCCUUCAUCUACAGCCUAAGGAACAGAGACAUGAAAGAGGCCCUGAUAAGAGUCCUUUGCAAGAAGAAAAUCUCCUUGUAA